AUGGAGCCUCGAAAGCCAUUGCACCAAGUAAUAGAUGGAGUGCCUAGAUGCAGGGGCAUAGUUCCAGAGAUUCUACGAGAAAACCUCAGGUUCCGAGCUCAAAUAGGAGAUGUGGUGCAGUCAACAUUUCCCAAGGCUGGUACACAUUGGAUGAUGUACAUUGUCCAGCUUAUUCUGAGAGACGGCGAGCCAGUGACUACGCACGAAGAGCUGGCUAAGGACUGCCGCUUUAUUGAGUAUGUGGAUAUAAAGGGCUGGAAGUCAUCGCUGGGAAUGAGAACAUUUGCUACGCACUUGCCCUUGAGUGAGGACAUCAUCAGCGAAGAAGGAAAGUACAUUUACGUUGCCCGCAAUCCGUGGGACGUCUGCGUUUCAAUGUACCACAUGGUGACCAACGUGAGUUCAUUUCAAUACCAGGACGCCGCGUUCGAAGAAUUUGUUAACGUGUUUAUCAGCGGGAACUUUGGUUACGGUGACUACUUUGAACACGUGGCGUCGGCUUACAACAUUAGGCACAAACCCAACGUACUCUUCGUGACAUACGAAGAAAUGAAGAAAGACACGCGUGACGUAAUCAUCAAGGUGGCGCACUUUCUGGGAGAGCGCUAUGAACGAGCUUUAUUAGAGGAUGAAACAUUGCUUUACAAGAUGUUGGAGAGCUCCAAGGCCGAGCACAUGCGAAGUGUCGUAGUCGUUGACUUUCGCAAAAGACACAGCCCUCAGGGGAAAAAGGUAACCUGCAAGCAGGGCUACGAAGGAGAUCAAAUGAAAUACAGCCUAGUGCGAACAGCGAAAGUCGGAGGGUGGAAAGAACACUUCACACCAGAGCUGCUCCGACUCAUGGAAGCUAGGAUAAUUGAGGCAGAGACGGUGUCAUCGUUUAUUGAUCUCUGGAAGGACAUCCGAGCUGAGGCAUUCAAAUUAUCGCAAGGUGUCGAUAAGGGCCGCCUCUUUGACUGA